AUGGUUACGGUGGUUGUUACGGUGGUUGUUACGAUGGUUGUUAUGAUGGUUGUUACGGUGGUUGUUAUGAUGGUUGUUACGGUGGUUGUUACGGUGGUUGUUACGGUGGUUGUUACGGUGGUUGUUACGGUGGUUGUUACGUUGGUUGUUAUGAUGGUUGUUACGGGGGUUGUUAUGGUGGUUGUUACAAUGGUUGUUACGAUGGUUGUUACGAUGGUUGUUAUGAUGGUUGUUACGGUGGUUGUUAUGAUGGUUGUUACGGUGGUUGUUACGGUGGUUGUUACGGUGGUUGUUACGGUGGUUGUUACGGUGGUUGUUACGUUGGUUGUUAUGAUGGUUGUUACGGGGGUUGUUAUGGUGGUUGUUACGAUGGUUGUUACGAUGGUUGUUACGAUGGUUGUUUAA